ACUGGGUCUUGCUGGGAGACGGAGAUUCGGCUGACCAGCAGGGAGGCGGUCCAGAAAUUUUCAACAUCGCCUCGCAUCCGGCUUCUCGAUCCUCCAGCGCUGUUUUUACAACCUCCAACGCGGCUUUAUGGAAGCGUCAGGAUUGAAAUCGUCAAAGUUGAAAUAGUUUGUGACGUAUAAAAUGUAACCCACAAACCAAAGUGCCUGUCUUGCAGAGUAGGCCCGAGGCAGAUUGUAACCCUGUCGAGGGGUAGAAAUAGAGCUCCUAAAGUAGCAUGACAAAUGGCGUCUUCCUUACCCAAACAGCAUUACAAAUUGGAUUUCGCCCCUACCCAAAUUUGUCAUGCGCCACUUGAAAACUAGGCGCCAACUGGUAUCCGUUUUAUGCAUCACAAAUCAUUACAACUUUGUCGAUUUCGAUCCUGACACAUCCAUAGGCUUCGUCUCGGGCGUCGUCCGCUGGGGCCAGAAGUCGCGGCGGAGCAGGGGGAGAGGAACAGCAGCAAGAAGUUGGAGGUGUUCUUGCUGGCGAUCGUAGUACCGCAGUACAACUUGAAGAUGUAGUUCAUGCCUCUUCCUCUCAACAUGACUCCUCUUCGUCUUCCGAGGAAAACGACGGGGAGCAAGCGACGUUUGGGCAAGAUCAACAAGGAACCGUGCAUCUUCCGGAGGUCCUUGAAGAAUCCGACCUCCUCCGGCUUUCCAACGAAGACGCUGAGCAGCUGUGCAGUGCGGUUCUGUCCGCGUUCGGAUCAUCUGCAGCUCGUGGGGGUGGGGAUGGAAGUAAUCCUGCAGGAGCUCCAGGUAAUUAUGGUGCUCUAGUAGCUGAGCAACACGGGGACGAUGGAACUGCAAUCGCUCAACAACACGACGUGUUCGGCGGAAUGCAGGUAGACACGACGAGUAGUGAAUCCCUUUCCGCUGGCUCCGGCUCUUCCGGUUCGGAAGUGCAAUCACUGCAACUGCCUUCGAACGCGUCCAGGUCCUCGCUGGCAUCUUCCGGGGGUUCGUAUGUAUUGCAAAUAUCCUUGGAUGUCUGGAAGAAUGCGGAGUUUGUCAUGCUCGGCCAGCAUGACUCUCGAGUUUGUCAUGCGCUUUAGCCAAACAUUAACAUCGCAGUUUUUUGUCAUGCGGAAAGGCAGUUUGCCAUGCAGAACAGGCAACAUCCGGCAGCUGAAAAACUUGUCUUCAUGCGUGGCCACCAAUUGAGACGUUCUCAAGAUUGUCCAACCCGCAUUACAAGUUUCCAGACGUCCAGGGAUAUUUGCAUUUGAUAGAUCGGAGGGAGAGGACGUUGGGGAAGAACAUCAAGCGGCUAGUGGGAUGAACCAAACCACAGGAGGACGAGCGCCUCAAGAUCAUCACUCGGGGGAAGUAGAAGAUGUUGUCAGCGCUGUCUCUAAUUCAUCUACCUCGGGAGGAGUAGGUGGGCAACGAUCGGUCAGGAAGCAUCAUUUGAAAAAGACCUCCUCGAACAAAAAGACCUCAAAUGCGGACCACAAGACCACCUUCGCACAACCUUUGAAAUCUCCCAUGUCAAACGCAACCACGGCGGUCCCCUCGACGCCCAUGGGUUUUUUCAUGGAUAUGUGGAACAACUCGCCUCUGUCGCAAGUCGGCUCGCCUUUUGGAGCUACGCGUAAGAACACUCCGGUAGGCAAAGAAACAUUAGGUACUACAACAACGGAGAACAAGUUCUUGGUGGGUGAAGAAGCGCAGAUGAACAAGGAGCAUCGGCUGAAAGCGCUAGCGGCUUUUUGUCGCACGCGAGAGGAGCCCGCCUCUCGGGGUGAAGGUGCUACUGGAACAAGUAGUGGAGGUGUCGGUGGAAAAAGUAGCGCUGCAGCAGCGAGGAGUGGAAGUAGCUCUACUAGACGUCAUGAGGACGAGGACCGGCAUGAACAUUUGGAAGUCGUCUCGCCCUGGGACGAAGUAGAAGGGAUUGGAAAAGACAACAAAGCUGCUCGAAAAUUACAUCGUCAGCGGCAACGAGCUGCCGGGCCCGCGAGUCUGUUCUAUCGGGCAGCGCGGAGAACGGGGCUGCAGCUGGGGACGGGGCCGGUUAUCAUUUGUAAAAACGUCGUUCCCACCCCAUAGUCAAGUUGGCAAUUCUGCAACACAAAUGUCCAAGUUUUGGGAGUUGUGCAUUACAAAUUUCCAUCUGCAGUGUAGUGCUGGUUAGGAAGGGCAGCCGCAUGAGAAACCGCGCCUCUCAUCCUGUUUACAGCAUUACAAACUCCAAAACACGAUGGAAAACGCCUCCCAUGGAGAUGCGCAUUACAAAUGUUCCUGUCACUGCGCAUUUGCAUGACAACUCCAGGGUGGGGACGUUUUUACUCAGGAUACCGGGGGUCACGGACUCCUCGGACGGGACAUCGUCAUCGUCGGAGGACACAAUCUCCGAUAGUGAGACGGAGCAAUAUCAAUUGCAAAAGUGUCUGGGUCUGGAAGGUUGGAACUUGUGAUGCUAGCUUUGGACUCUAAAAAAAUCUGUAUUGCAUGACCAGCAAGAGGAGUCUAGUUUUUGCUACGCGCAGAGGGCACUUGUCAUGCGGAAUAGGCAUCAGGAAGCCCUCUAAAAAUCUGUGAUGCUAGGUCAUGCAUUACAGACAUCUUGGGUCAUGUAAAGUAUGCAUGACAAACCCGGCAACAUUCCAGACCCAGACAUUUUUACAUUUGAUAAACAAAGCAGAAAGAUGAUUGCUGCCUACGAGGGGAGGGAUGAGGAGGAGGUUUUUCCUCCACCCGACGGCGCUAGGAACAAGAGGAAUUACGCAGCAAUUACUUCUGCAGCGUCGAUUGCAAAAACGCAGCAUGACAAAGCAGCGGCAAC